AUGCAAGGCCAUGUUAUCGUGGAGGACUCCAAGCAGCAGGUGAAGGAGGUACACCGGCAGAAGAAUGACCCCGACAAGGUGCUGGGGCCACUGGACCGUAUGUGUUUGUCUCUCGUGAUGGGAGUGGAGAGAUAUCUGCGUGAAUUCGACGCGGCCGCCGCUAUUCCAAUGUUGGUGCGAAUGAGUGAAAAGGAGGCAUUUGCAUUUCGCGGGGAUGCGUUAACAAUGCUUUUUCGAGCUAUUUCUCUCAUUAUGGAACAUGUGCCUACUUCCUAUGAGAGUAUGGGACCCUAUCAGAAACAACUUAUGAAAUCGGUUUGUCAGACACUUUCCCGAACACUGGCGGGGAGGAUGAAGUAUAAUAAUACAGAUAAUGUGAUGUUGAUGGAAGAAUGUCUUCGAUUGAUUCGAUUUAUUAGUAGGGAUGAAAGUAAUAUAUCCGCACUUCGAUUUGGUAUGACAGACAUUAUUCAAAUCGCUGCCUCUGAAAAUUCUCUGUUAGCACGACAGGCAUUUGAUGUGCUUCUUAUUUUAUGCUCUAAAGUGAUAUUACCAUCAGAGGCGGAAAAACCACACAUGCUUGGUCUUCCAAUUUCCUUUAUGGGAUGGAAAAAGAAAAAGAAACAAAAAACAAAGGAUGAUAGUCCUCCAUUUAGUCAAGAUCCGGUAGUUGUAGCCGUAGAACAAAUUAUUGCUCCUUUUCUUCAUACAUCCAUUCAACAAUAUGCAGCAACACUUGAAAGUUUUCCAGAAGCAUGGACAUUUCUAGAAAUGGCAUUACAAUGUCUUGGUAUGCUUAUGCAGCGAGCUUUACUCUGUCAUCGUCCUUCUACAGCACAAAAAAUGGUAACGGAAGAUCUUUGUAAAAUUCUCUUUCAUUUGAUUUUAUUUAAUGAUAAUAAUGUGGCAUUAGAACAAGGAGUUCGCUCUGAACGACUUUUAUUAUGUGAAACAAUGUUGGAUGCCGCUAUUAGUGCAAGUUGGAGAGUUGCCAGUGAAUCUCUCUUAACAGAGGAAGCUCAAUCAUUUUAUAAACUUAUGUUUGAAGAGUCGGAUUCAGAAGUAACAACAUUAUUAGAUGAUCCUUUCCCAGUAGCAGGAUCAUCUUUACGUGGAGCUCAACGACGAGAUAAGAAUCAUAUUGCUUCUAUUGCAGCUGUUAGACUUUUUAUUCUUGCUUGUCCACGUCUUCCUAGUGAGGCAUUCGGACCAAAACCGAAAGUUCUUCUUCCUGUUCAUGAGUGGAAGUGGGAAGAUGAGAUGCGACAUAAGAACCUUAUUGAUGAAGAAAGAUGUAUUGCUCUUGAGACAAGUUUUGUUAGGUUGUCUAAAGAGUCUGUUAUUAAAAUACAAACAAAAUCAAUGGUUGUGGAUUUACAUACAAUGAAAAUGUGUGGAGGAUUUGGAGGUAUAGAUCGCAAUAUUUAUAGAAAAUUUGUCCCUUUUGUAUUUCAUGUUGUAGAUGAAGAAAAUCUUCGUCUUGUAAAAUCGGCAAAAGAGGUUAUGGUAUCUAGUAAUUUGUUUGUGCAAAGUAAACAUGAAACUAAAACCGCAAUGACCGUAACAACAGCUAAUAUGCCUCCACAUUUAAAAAAUCUAAUGCGAUUUUAUGUGAUCAAUAAAGAUGCACCCGUAUUAUUAGGAAAUGUAAAGAUGGCAGAACUUUAUCUUGAACGUCUUUGUAAUUUCGUUGUUUGGGUACCUGGUCAAAUGACCAUGCAACUUGGAACCUGUGCUUGUGCUUCCUUACUACAUUCAGUAAUUCGAUCUGGAGAAGAUAAACGAUUUGUUUCUCUUAUUCGUAGUGUGUUACGUCCAUUAUGUGAAAUGUUAAGAGUGGCUCUUGCCUCUUCCGAUAAGGCGACGAAAUCCAUUUGUCUGACAAUGAUGGUUUGGUUAUUGUGUCAUCCACGAGCCGCGGAGUGGCAGUUUUGCGGAAUAGCCCAACGGUGUGGAAUUCUCAGAGAAUUAGAGGAGUUAUCACGCGGUGGAAGUAAAGGAAAUGGGAAUAGUGGUGGUAGUAUUAGUAGUGGAAAUCAUACAAAUACCGCCAAAUCCACACACGCAGCCUCAGAAGAGCGACAAACACGAACAAAGUAUUUGGCCACAACCGCCUCCGCUAUUCAUGCCGCUAUCACAGAAGAGAUGAAAAGAUUACAAGCACCAGGAAAUCCAGCAGGUCUUUCUACAGUAGAUGUCACUGUGGUGCGGCAGGCUGUUCAGGAUUUAAAAACAUCUGCCAAAUUGCCUGGUGUACACCGUAAAGUAGUGGAACAUGUCUUAUAUGUAAUGGAAAUGUCAUUAAGAACUAUUACCGCAUUUGAAAUAUCUAUGCUUGGAAUUGCGGAUGCUGUGUUAACUUAUUUACUGGAAGAUAAUGAAAAUAAUGCCGAUGCGACGAGUGUGAAUGGUAGUACUACUACUAAUACUAAUACUACUAAUACCGGAGAAGGGAAAACUUCAGCUCUUGGUAAUUUUGUUUUUACCUCUUCUGUAGAUUUAGCGCCUUUUGAUGGAAGAAGUGUUGCCGAUCGUCUUUUUCAACGUUGUCGACGAGAACGUCUGGAGUGUUUUCUGAUGUGUGCGGCGGAGAAACCACGUGGAGUGGAGGCAUUAAUUGAAAAUUUAGUAUCGGCUCUCCCUAUGCACUCAACCUUCCCUCUUGUUGAGACAGUUUUAUCCGCAAAAAGUGUAUCUUGCCGAACACCGUUAAAAGCAGCUAUGAUAUGUUCACAUAUUUCACCAUGUGUUACUCUCUGUUCUAAAGCCAAUGGAAAUAGUAAACGUAAUAAUAAUAAUAAUAAUAAUAAUAAUAAUAAUAAUAAUAAUAAUAAUAAUAAUAAUAACAGUAAUAAUAAACCCCCAGCUGUUUUAAGUGUGCAUUCUAGUAAAGAUACAAACAGUCGAGGAGUCUCUGGAGGAGGAGGAGGAGGAGAAGAAGAAGAAACACCUAGUCAAUUACGUGGCUUCAUUGAAAGAGAAGUAGUGGUACCAAACCCACGUGAUUUCUGUCCACAGGGUCAUCGAUUACAAAUUAUUGUUACUCCACGAGAUAUCAUAUCUCCAUGUGAUUUAUGUGAAGAGGAAGUACGCUCUGGAUUUCGAUGUGCGCAGUGUAGAUUUCAUGUUUGUAUGGAAUGCUAUGCGAAUCCGGAUGUUCACUAUGAAGGUGGUAGUCCUCUCUUGAGUUCAAGAUCAAACCCUGAAGAUGAUAAUGUGAGUAAUUCUGUAGAAAGGACUCCAGUAAACCGAAUAAAGAAAGUGAAUGUGCGAGCGCAUUUAUUCGCUUCUGUAGGUGAUAUUGAACGUCAUUUUCGUACGGGAUCUUCUGCUAUUAAGAAUACAGAUGUUGCCCCAGCACCUGUAUCAGCAUUACAAAAUAUUGAUAAUUUUAUAGGUCACGUCCAAUCUGUGUUGAUUCGAAGAAAAAAACAAUUGGCCCCUGGAUCACUUCGAAAAUCUAUUCAAGAAGCACUAAAAACUUUUAUCUCACCUGGUUCUAUUCCAGAUAACACAACCACCACCAAUAAAAGUUCAGAGGAUCAAUCUAUUCAAAAUCAAGAAACUCAAGAAAUGAUGCAGUUAAUACGAGAUGCUAUGGAAGAACGGUAUGUACUUUACACUUCCCCAGGUGGAAGAUGUACAUAUCAAGAAACCUUUAUAGGAAAUUUACUUCAACGUGCACUUCUUGAAGGGUCAGUAAGUCUUGUAGAACAAAUAGAAAACUGUUUACUUAGUAUGGAAGGAGUGGCUGAGAAUGCUAGUCCUUCAGAUUAUCUUCAAACAGGGGAGGUAAAUUUUGAGAAACAUGCCGAUUCUGCAUUACAGUCAUCAAGAGAACUUCCAGAUAGGGUAGAUAGUACACAAACUUUUGUCUUUCAUCACUUUGAAAAUGAUGAGGAAACACAUUGUUGUUGUGGAGAAAAAUCAAGACAAGAACUUAAUACUAUGCAUUCAUCAAAUAUUGUUCGAAACCCUACUCGACUUUCUCAAAAUCAAGAUACUAUAUUACUUAUUCUCUUACAUAAAAUUCUCAAUCCACUUAUAAAACAACAUGUUGUGGAUAUUAAUCCCGCAGCUUUUGUAAGUGCUCCUUUUACAACACUUAUUGUAAAAUCAUUAGCAGCUUCUGCAUUACGUGUAGCCAUCCUUCCACCGAAAAUUGCUGUUCCUCGUUGGGUAGACUUUAUCCUUACACAGGCUAAAUUUCUUUUACCUCUUAAUGUACGAGAACGUAUUGCCCGAUUUUUCGCCUACGGUGCUCGUCGAGCAUUGCAUGCUCACAUGAAAGGUUCAUGUGUUUCUAGGUCUUAUCGUUCUAUUAGAAUAUACCCGGCUGAAUGGGCAAGGGUAUCAAAUCAUAAGUAUCGGGUAAGACGAAUGGAAUUACUACAUGAUGCUUAUAUAGUUCUUCGAAAGAGUGCCGAUUCUAGAUCUCCUAUAUCUAUUGAAUUUGAGGGAGAUGUUGGAGUUGGACAAGGUCCUACAGCACAUUUUUAUACAUUGAUUGCAGAUAAAAUGAAAAAGGAGCAAGUACACCUUUGGCGUGGAGUUAGAACGAUUAGAAAAGAGAAUGAUCUUGGUAAAAGUGGAAAUUCAAAGGAUAAGAGUAAUAGUAGUAGUAAUACAAACAUUAACAUGAACAGCAAAAGUGAUUGUGAUGAAGUAGAAGUGAUUCUUCCAUUAGAGGGUAUUUACCCUUGUAAAGAUGUCUUGGUACGUACUUCAUGGAAGGGAUCUGCAGUUUCUCCACAAACACUUCCAGAUGGUGGGAGAAUCCUCACAGACUACCGUAUUUGUAUGGAUGAUUUUGCAGAGUUUGAUUGUGAACGUGCGCAGUGUUAUUAUCUUGUUGGAGCCGCACUUGCUCGUGCCUUUACAGAUGAGGUGGUGUUCCCACUUGAUAUUUCUCCCGCACUUGCUAUUUUUCUCAGUCACGGUGCUCCCCCAUCUCGAGUAAUACUUCAUAAUGUCCCUUGUGCUGACAAAAAUAUUGAAAGACCAGUAGAUUUCAUGGGAUUAUCUCUAAAUGAUGUGGAAUUAAUGGAUAAAUCACUUGCAUCUAGUUUACACUCACUACUCUCACUAGAUACUGCCACUCUGGAAGCGAUGGAUUUACCCUUUACAUUGCCUGGUGAUGAUAAUUUUGAAAUGACAAGUGGUGGGACAAAGUUGCGUGUUACGACGAAGAAUCUCUCUCGUUAUUUUCAUCGUGCUGCUGCUGGACUUUUAUAUGAAUCAGCUGUGUUUCCCAUUCGUUUUCUUGUUUACGGUUUUCAUGAUGUUGUCCCUUGUGGGGCUCUCACUGCCCUAGACCCGGAGGAUAUGAUGGAAUUACUCUGUGGGAGUAAACAGUGUGAUUCCCAACCACUGUGGACACUGUCGGAGAUUAAAUCAAUUCUCGUGCCUGAUCACGGUUACCAGAAUGACUCUCCACAGAUAACCAUGCUGCAGAAUGUGUUGGCCAAGCGACUCACACCGCGUGAGCAGCGUUUGUUUUUACUGUUUUGUACGGGUUGUCCACGUUUACCGGCUGGUGGAAUUGGUUCACUUGGCGCCAUUACAGUCGUGCGGCGAUCGGAUGUGGCUUUUUUUACUCAGUUCUUUAACAGCGGGUAUGGAUCGGCAGACCGGGGAUCCCAUUCGGCAUCGACAUCUAGAGAUAAUGAGUUAACGGGAUCCUUAACAGAGAAAGAUUGGCCCCUGCCAUCGGUGAAUACGUGUUUUCGUUAUCUCAAGUUGCCUCCAUACCCCACAGAAGAAAUUAUGUACAGGAAACUGCAGCUCAGUAUUACGCAAGGUGGGGAAACGUUUCAGUUGUCUUGA